AUAUUCUUGAAAUCUGAUGAGAAGUUAUGGAGAUUAUUGAAAUCUUAAGAAAAUGGCAAGGUGGCUGAAUGUCAUUUCACCAACUUCUUCUUCUUCUUCUCCUUCUUAUUGUUCUUCUUCUUCUCCCCGUCUCUGGUCCUGUGUAAACCCAUUAUCCUCCUAUUUAUACCCGUCGUCCAGCGGCAGUUACAGCCAUAGCCACCAACUGAACUCAUAAAAAUAUCCAAAUAUCCUCUCUCUCUCUCUCUCUCUCUCUCUCUCUCUCUCUCUCUCUCUCUCUCUCUCUCUCUCUGAGAAUGGAAGCCAGCAAAAAUUACAACGACCUCGUGAUUAUGAACGACGAUCAGCUGCGAACACUCGCCGAGAAAAUCCGCUACCAGGAAGCCACCGUCAUCCACCAGACCAAUUUCAAAACCCAAAAGGAGCGCGACGAGUUCCUCUACGACAGCAAAUCCAACCAGGAGUCCGUCCUCGCCCUCCUCGCCACCGGCCAAGAAGUGGUAACCAACUACCAAGACGACGCCGUUAAGGGCCCCAUUACACGCGACUUGCAUCUCUACAUCGUCAACUGCUGCAACAGCGCCCUCCAGACCGUCCCCAGCUUCCACGUCAGGAAGGACUACCUCCAGAAAAUACGCGACCACGUGGACGUGCUCCUCAGCGUCCUUGACGACCUGAACGCCGCCGACCAAAAGGCCGUCGUCGUGGUGGGCGAUGGCGUCGUCCAGUACAAGAAUGCCAUGUUGAUUUACACCCGACAGUUCAAUAGCACCCUCUCCUCCAACUUCUCCGCCGCGCUUAAGGACGAACGCAUCAAAUACGAGAAGCUGGUGCAAAGGUAUGUGGACAAGCUUGGGUUUCAAGGGCACUUCAAGGACCUAGACGAGGAACAAAAGGCACAAAUGUAUGAGUCAAUUAUUGCUACAUUGGCGCGAGAAUCAUCUCCAAUCAAGGAUGUGAUGUCUACAACAUCUAAGGUUAAAGGUGAUGCUGUGAAGCUUUACAAAGUGGGGUCAAUGGUGUGGGAUAUAUACUUGUCUGAUCACAAAUUUAAAACAGCGACACGUGAUACAUCUCUCCCCUACCAGAUGGUGUGGCUUUGGCUCGUGCGAUUGCACAUGAUGGAACUGAAGAUCCUAAUGCCAAUUCCAUAAAUUGAUAAGUGCAUACUUCUAAAGAUAAAUAAUUUUCCCCGGGGGGGGGGGGUGUUGGUUGAACUUUUACAUAAAAUUUGCAAUUUACCAAUUAUAUAAUGUCAUAUUAGUGCUCAAAUCCACACUAGUGAAGCAUGUGGUUUCAUGUGAAUUUCAUAUCACUUUAUUGAGUUCAAACACUAAAAUAUCAUUUUGUAAUUCUACAUGGAGAGUCUAUCUAUGUUUCCGCACUCACAAAGUUGCUUGUAUGGGUUGUGAAUCAAGGGUUUAUCUUUUGUAUUAAGGCAAAUUCACUAUAAAUAAAUGUGCCUAUUAUCAGCUUAUGUAUAA